GUUUUCUCCUUGCUUCUUCCGCGGGUUUCGCUGUUAUAUGCAAUACCAGCAAUCUUCUUCUCUCUCUAAAACACACUCUCUCUCUUGUUUUCAACGGCAUCUCUCUUUCUUAAUAGCUGAUCCGAAUAUUCGUCCCUCCCUACAAAUCCAUUUUUUUUUUUCUUCUCUCUCUAUUUAUUCGAUAUUAUCUUUGUUGGAAUGGUGAAGGGCAUUAUAUGAAGUAUAUGGAAACAAAAUGGAUGAGUUUUUGCUGGUUUUGUUGGACUGAGUAGAACUUCUGCUCACUGAAGUUAUAGUGGAAGCUUUGUGAAUCUCAGUGGUCGUUUUUAGAUGAUACCAUUUGAUUGCAGCUUGUAGAGGCUGCAGUGAAGCAUGUUGAUUAAUUUUUGGUUGAUGUUGAAUCAAUCCUUCAAUGAGAAGUGGGUUUUUGAUGACAUUUUGUACUUUAUGCUACACUUUACCCUGGAUAUAUGUCUACAAGCAAAUGAAAAACCUUCUGUUUCAAGUGUAGAAACCUCUGUUUGGAGGUUGGAAGUCCACUGAAAGAUUUUUUUUUUUUUUUUAUCGCUAUCUGCAAGUAUAAUAAUGGAAAGGUAUAGAAUAUUAGAAGAGCUUGGAGAUGGAACUUGUGGUAGUGUAUACAAGGCUAUCAAUAUUGAAACAUCUGAGAUUGUUGCAGUCAAGAAAAUGAAGAGGAAGUUCUAUUACUGGGAAGAAUGCAUGAAUCUUCGAGAGGUCAAGUCCCUACGUAAGUUGAAUCAUCCUAACAUCAUAAAGUUGAAGGAGAUUGUCAGGGAACACAACGAGCUGUUCUUCAUAUUUGAAUACAUGGAAUAUAACCUCUACCAAAUUAUGAGAGAAAGGCAAAGACAUUUUCCAGAGGAAGAGAUUAGAGGCUUUAUGUCUCAGUUGCUUCAAGGACUAUCACACAUGCAUAAAAAUGGAUAUUUUCAUCGAGAUUUAAAACCUGAGAAUUUGCUGGUGACAAAUGACAUCAUUAAAAUUGCUGACUUUGGACUGGCUAGAGAAGUGUCAUCUAUGCCUCCUUUUACUGAUUAUGUUUCCACUCGGUGGUACCGUGCGCCAGAAGUCUUGUUGCAAUCUUCAUCAUACACUCCUGCUAUUGAUAUGUGGGCAGUUGGUGCAAUACUGGCUGAACUUUUCACUUUGUGCCCCAUAUUUCCUGGUGAAAGCGAGACAGAUCAAUUGUACAAGAUAUGCUGUGUUCUUGGUACGCCAAAUUGGACUACCUUUCCUCCAGUGAGGAACAUCACACAAUUAAUCAAUAUUAGUUAUUCAGAGAUAGUGCCUGCCAAUCUCUCAGAUAUAAUUCCCAAUGCUAGCUUGGAAGCUAUUGAUUUGAUUAAGCAACUUUGCUCAUGGGACCCACAAAGGAGGCCAACUGCAGAUCAAUGCUUACAACAUCCCUUUUUCCAUGUUCCUAUGCUUGUUCCUCGUCCACUUGGGGAUCCACUUCAGCUGAAGCUAAGUGACAUGGGAGCAAAGCCAAAUCUUGAAUUGAACUUAUGGGAUUUUGGCACGGAGCCAGAUGAUUGUUUCCUUGGCUUGACGCUGGCAGUAAAACCUAGUGUAUCCAACUUGGGUAAUAGAAUUGUGUCUUGGUGUUUCAAAAUUUAUUUUAUUGACAUGAUUCAUAAGGUGUCUACAGGUACAGCAGAGGAUAUACUGUUUUGCUCUGGUUUUCAGGAUCACCCACAGCAGUCAGUUUUUUGGUCACUGCUUGCUCCUGAUCACAAUAGAAUUACCACACCAGUAGAUUCUUCCUUGUCGUUAUCAUUCAGUCCGACUCCACAUUCAACAAUUGGAGUUCAGCAAUCAACAGGAUUCUCCAUUGCAUCGUUGCAGCCUAAUAUCUUAGACCGAUCGUUUUUGGCCAUGUCCUCCCCAUUCCAGCAGGGUCAUUGCCUGUGAAUUUGGUUGAGUUAGUUGCUGGUGCAUGUGAUCAAAUAAGGAGAGGCCUUGUAGAGAUUACCUGUAAUUAUUCCAUUUGUUUUUUUCAAAAAAAAAAAAAAAAAAUGGCUACGAGGAUUAUGUAACUAUCUCUCUGUUUUUUCAUUUUUCAGUUAAAUUUUUUCUUUUUAAUUCCUCCUUUACUUGAGGAAGGGGUAGAAGAAUCAUAAUCAUACAUGCUACAUUGAUGUAGUCGCCCUUAAUUUGCAUUUAUGCAAGUAUAUCAAGUUUCAGGCAACAAAUUGCAUUGGGCCUGUUUGGUAA